AAGGAGAAAAAAAAAUAAUUAAAAAAAAAAAGGUGUUCCGUGGAGUGGGGUUUGAAUUUGGCUAGCUGGGGUCUCUUUUUAACUCCAUCCCAAAUAAUAGGGGCUCUGGUUAUUUUGCAGAGUGGCUCUGAAGAAUGGACAGAAUUGCCACGGCUAACUACGAGCUACAGUUCACAGUGGAAACAAAAACGGACGCGCGGGUGGUGAAGGACAUGGCCACGGGCAAAUCCAAAGGAUACGGCUUCGUCUCCUUCUUCAAUAAAUGGGACGCGGAGAACGCCAUCCAGCAGAUGGGCGGGCAGUGGUUGGGUGGAAGGCAGAUCAGAACCAACUGGGCCACCAGGAAACCUCCAGCUCCAAAGAGCACGUACGAAUCCAACGCCAAACAACUCUCCUACGACGAGGUGGUCAAUCAGUCCAGCCCCAGCAACUGCACCGUGUACUGCGGGGGUGUCACCUCGGGGUUGACAGAACAGCUCAUGCGCCAGACCUUUUCUCCCUUCGGGCAGAUCAUGGAGAUCCGAGUCUUCCCAGAUAAAGGCUACUCCUUCGUACGGUUUAAUUCCCACGAGAGCGCGGCACACGCCAUCGUUUCCGUCAACGGGACGACGAUCGAGGGCCACGUGGUGAAGUGCUACUGGGGCAAGGAGACACCAGACAUGGUCAGCCCCGUCCAGCAGGUGAGAACUUCUCCUCCUGCUCCUCAAACCAUGGAAUGGGUUGGGAAGGGACCUUGGAGACCAUCCAACCCCUGGGAUGGACACCUCCCACCACACCAGUACGGCGUCUACGGCCAAGCCUGGAACCAGCAGGGCUUCAGCCAGACACAGUCGUCGCCGUGGAUGGGGCCCGGUUACGGGGUGCAGGCGCCGGGGGGGCAGAACGGCAGCGUUUUGGGGGGGCAGAGCGGGUACCGGGUGGGAUUCGAGGCGCCCUGAGGAGGAGGAGGAGGAAGAGGAAGAGGAAGAAGAAGAGGAAGACGAGAGGAAAAGCG